UUCAACACGAAGACAGUGUCAGAACAGUGAAAGAGAAUCGAAACCGCAGCAAACAUAAUCUGACAAAAUGAAAGAGUCUUCAGGGAUAUUUGGAUUGAUCACUUGUGUUUAUUUGCUCUUUUGUUUUCUUGUUGUACACUCAGAAAGACAUAAAGGAACGUGGUCGUCAAGGAAUUUUCUUCUGUCUGUGUCAAAAUUUGGUGUCCAGAAAACCGACUUGAAAAAUGAAGACGCGACACAAGGAUUCUUUUACGGAAAUAUAACAACGAACAGUAAUUCACCAAACUCGUUAACACUAGUUGUUGUUGAUAGUGAAUACUUCUCUCAUAUUUUUAGAACUGUUACAUUAAAUUGAAACAAACAACAUAAAACCAACAUUUGUAAAUCUAUGUUUAAAACAAUUGAUGUAGUGGAAUAUGAUAAAGACUGCAAACCAGAUGGGACAAAAGACUACCUUCGUAGAGUUCCCUGUCCUAAAAAUAAACUCUGUCUUGAUGAAGAUACUCCAUCAAAUGUAGUUCCAAACUAUCAAUUUACAUACAAAAUAAUGGAUAAACAAAUACCAAGGUUUUGGUAUAUGACUAUAGUUGCCUGCUACAGAAAUACGACCAAUAAAAACUGUUCCUGGGUCAGUUCUGAUGAUGACAUCACAAUAGAUUAUGACAUCUGGUUGGUUAACGGUGAUGCCAUUUACAAGAAAUGGAACCCAGUGGAACGUCAGUUUUCGUAUGAGGAACAUGGUAUUUUUGAAAGUAUCGGCGGUCAACGCUCAUUAACGCUUAAUUGGUCUACAAUGAAAAAAAGACCCCCCAAAAGACGGCCAACCUAUAAUCAACCUCCACGGAAGUUCAAUACACUCCAUCAAUAUGUAUUUCCAAACUAUCAAUUUACAUAUAAAAUAAUGGAUAAACAAAUACCAAGAUUUUGGUAUAUGAGUAUAGUUGCCUGCUACAGAAAUACGACCAAUAAAAACUGUUCCUGGGUCAGUUCUGAUGAUGACAUCACAAUAGAUUAUGACAUCUGGUUGGUUAACGGUGACCCAAUUUACAAGAAAUGGAACCCAGUGGAACAUCAGUUUUCGUUUGAGGAACAUGAUAUUUUUGAAACCUUUUUGGGUUUCCUCGGUGUGUACGUCAUCAUAGUACCCUUCUGGUUUUAUGUUUAUUCCAAACAGAGGCAUUCUCUCACAAAGUUUUUGCUGCUCAUCACAUGCACAGAAGCAUUUGGAAUAUUUUGUAACUUUAUUCAUGUAGCCGUAUUUGCCUCCAAUGGAGUAGGGGUGUAUUGGAUUGCCGUUUUAGGUAAUGCUAUAGACACGGUGGCUCAGUGUUUGUUUAUGCUGAGUCUGUUACUUCUUGCCAAGGGUUGGAUGAUCACCCAGCCCACCAUUCGGGGGAAGAAGACCGUCUUCUCUCUGUGGGGGAUCUACACGCUGCUCAACUGUGUCCUGUUCCUGUGGAACCUGUUUGAGGUGGAUGUCAUUUCUAACAAGGAUGAGUGGCAGACCUGGCCGGGGUACCUGAUCUGUGGAUUCCGGAUUGUUAUUAUGAUCUGGUUUAUCGUAGAACUAAGACACACCUUCCUGUCCAGCCGGUGUCCGGAGACUAGACUACAGUUCCUCCAGCAGUUUGGAGCCUACUUCUUAGUCUGGUUUAUCUAUCUUCCAGUUUUAGUUAUCCUCAAUACACAGUUCUCCGCUCUGUGGAAGAAAAAAAUAAUGCUUUGUAUAACAAAUGGAGCAGACCUCCUGUCUUACUUAAUUCUUCUUCACUUAUUGUGGCCAUCACGGUCCAUUCUAUACCUCCUCAAAGGAGAGGAUCCGAUACCAUACGACCUUCUAAUCACAGGUGUUUUAGAUGAGGAUCAAGAUGAUAAAACUAUAUUUAAAAGAAAAAAGAAAACUAAAUUAAAUGGUCAACUGAGAAGAGAGCCCAACCACAACACAAUAAAGAAUGGCUUCCAUAAAUCACCCAAUUACACGGACGAGAAGCGGCUGGCCUUACUGCCUGAGGAAGAGGAAGAGGAGGAGUUAUAACAACUGCAAAUCAUGCUGGGUAAAAGAGGUUAUAAUAAUCUCUGAGGAAGAAGUUAAAACUGCAGCAAAGGAUGCUGGGUAAAAGAGGCUGUGCGAGCAAGGCAGUUAUAACUGGAGCAGGAGACACUUGGAAUACAUCGAAUAACUAAACAUUAAACAGUGGGUGAUUCAGAGAGGAAAAGUCUUUCAUUUUGAUUCAUUAACUUAUUUUAAGUCUGUCUCUACCAUAACAGGCCAUCUAGAUUGUGGACUUGAGGUUAGGUGGGUUUUAUUUACUUGUAGAGUAUAAUCAGCAAAGCUGACAUUAGACCCGUGUCGGAUGAAGUGUUUAUAACAAUUUACAUGAAAUAUUUCCUUCUCUUGCUGUCCCUGAGUGUUUUUGUCAUAAAGAAAUUACUUUUUAUUUUCAUGUCAAAACUGCUCAUAUUUAUAGAUCUCACAUUCCACUGUGAAUCAUAGUUGACUUUUGUCUUGUCUAUUUUUUAGGAGGACAUUAUUUCACAUAUCAGAUUUAAAUUGAAAAUUUUCCAUUAUUGCAUAAUUGAAGAAAAUCUCAGAUUUUCAUAUAUUUGUCUUGUUUUAAUUCUGAGAAGUAUGUACAUCUGUAUAACUUUUAGAUGGUUUAAUAUGCAUUUGAUCUAUGAACUGAAUUUAUUUAAGCUGCUUAAACCAAAUUAAAAGGAUCUAGAAAGGAUACUGGUUUCAGUUACACUGUCAAAUAAAUAUACAUGUACAUGUAUAUAUAUAUAUAUAUCUACUCUUUAGAAUGAAGCCAUCAUACCUCUUCAAAUUUUACACAUGCAGGAAAUUAGAAUUUACAAAGAGCAAUAAGCUUAUUGUCAGUUAUGAAAGCAUUCCAUUAACUUGUGUUAAGACUAGAUCCUUAAAAAAAUGCAAUAUGAUUGCGAAGUUUUGCACAUCAAUUUCGACGCCUUUUUGAAUUUCUCAGCAAGUAUACAUUAUAUAUUUUACAUGCAUUGUAUUCUUCGUUGUCCAUGCAGUGACAUAUAUAUUAUAGCAAUGGAUUAAAGUUUGAUUGAAACAAGGUCCUUAAAUCAGAGAAAAGGGUCUGUAAUUUGAAAUUUAUUUCUCAGUUGAUCAUGUGGUUAGUCUUGUUCAUUAACUUCUUGUUUUACAAGAGUUGCCUAACAUUACUACCUGCAGUUUGUAUGUUAGAGGUGUUUAUGUUUAUUAGCUUGCAUUGUGAUUUUAAUUUUGUGCCAAAAGUCAAAUUUAGAGAUACAAUUACAGAUGCAUUAUAUAAGUAGUGGUAUUACGUUGAUACAGAUAGAUCCUAGUAUUAACUUGUAUUUAUACAAAGAACAGUUGUUAUGUUACCUGACAGCACCUGUCAUUUAGGGAGUAGACUAUACUGACAUUGAAUCUGAUAUGAAUGUGUCUCAAAUUCAUCAAGAACAAACAAGUUAGUCAUCUUAGUAUAUAAUAACAGAGUAAGUUUAAUCUUUUUUUUGUAAAUAUAUGAUUUUUUAUGAUUUUAACAUUAUUUACAUAGGGAAAGUUGUAAACCUGAUAAACAGCAUGGCCAUACAGACCUAUAUAAGUUGAGCAAUGUAGGCCAUGGGCCUUUGUUUAGCUUUAACAUAAAUUGAAAUUUACAAUUAUAUCUGUGAACAAAAUAAAUGUGAACAACUUAUUUAGUGUAUGCGUAAUGCAUAUAGCAUUGUGAUAUAUUGUACAUAUUAAUGUGCAAUUUUUUGGUGAUCAUAUUAUAAAAAUAUUAACACAUCUCUUUGCUUUAUAAUUUUGCCAAAGACAUAAAACAAAUUGAAUCAGUGAUCAAGUGAACCCAGUUUUUGUGUAGCUUACUUUUAUUUUCAUUAAAGGCUUUGAAGGCCUUGGUAGACAAUUUUGAGAGCUGUUAUAAUAUACUUUGUAAUUGAGAGAGUAGAAAUUUACCAGAAAUGUCAUAGAGCUAAUUAUAACCAGCAUGAACAAUAAUUACAAAUACUGCCACUUCAUUUCUAUUUUCUUCAUAAUGGGUGAAGUACUGGUUUAUGGUCAGUAAUGAACAAAAUUCCAUCUGAUUUUUUCAUUUUUAGCUCUACUGGUCAGAGACCAGAAGAGCUUAUGCGAUAGUAAUGUGUCCGUCGUCCGUCUGUCUGUCUGUCUGUCCGUCUGUAAACUCAAAACGCUACUCCUCCUACAGUUUUUGUCUGAUUUCAAUAUAACUUGGCACACAAGCAGACUACACUAAGAUACAUAAUUCUUUUUAUCGGUUUUUGAUUUCGACGACAGGUGUUGCCAUGGUUACUAAAAAUAGAAAUUUUUGUGAAAAUCAUUUAAAAUGCUACUUCUACAGUUUAAAGUCUGAUUUCAAUAUAACUUGGCACAGAAGUAGACUUAACUAAGAUACAUAAUUCUGUAUAUCGGUUUUUGAUUUCGAUGAACGGUGUUGCCGUGGUUACUAAAAAUAGAAAUUUUUGGGAAAAUCAUUCAAAAUGCUACUCCUCCUACAGUUUUGGUCUGAUUUCAAUAUAACUUGGUACACAAAUAGACUAUACUGAGAUACAUAAUUCUGUGUAUCGGUUUUCAAUUUCGAUGAAUGGUGUUGCCUUGUUACUAAAAAUUUGUGAAAAUCAUUCAAAAUGCUACUCCUCCUACAGUUUUAAUCUGAUUUCAGUAUAACUUGGCACACAAGUAGACUACACUAAGAUACAUAAUUCUAUUUAUCAGUUUUUUAUUUCAAUGAACGGUGUUGUCAUGGUUACUAAAAAUAGAAUUUUUUUGAAAUCCAUUCAAAAUGCUACUCCUACUACAGUGUUGGUCUGAUUUUAAUAUAACUUGACACACAAGCAAACUACACUGAGAUACAUAAUUAUCAGUUUUGUGUUUUGGAUUUUCAUGAUUUAUGUUGCCAUAGUAAUUUAAAUUGAAAAAUCUGUAAAAUUUUAUGAAAAGCUUCUCCUACAGUUGUAGUCUUAUUGCAGUCUUGCCUCAAAAAGAGACUUAAUCUAUUUAUUGCUGUAGCCUGUAAAGUUUUAAGUCCCACCUGCUACUUUUAUAUUUUUCUUUUUUAUAAGUACAAACCAGUAGAGCUACAGUCUCGACAGAGACUUCUGGUUAUAUUCAAGCCUCAGUUACAAAUAUCCAGUUUGGUUGCAAAGAACAUACUUUCUAUAUGUAGGAAAAUUUUGAUAAGGCCAUCUUUGAAAUGUUUGCUUGCCCUCUCCCGACUUAGGGUAAAAUUAUUGAGUCAGUAGGUAGGGGAGAUCUUUUUCCACAAAAUUUCAACAUAUUUGAUUAUGGGAUGAAAGGAAUAAAAUGAAAAAAAUAUUGUAACCUGGAAUGUAAAGUUUUGAGUCGCACCAUUAUUGGCCAGUUGGUUGGGAGAGGUCUUCCAAACUAUUUUUCAAAAGGCCUAAUUUGUGAUAUUUUUUCUUUCUGUACUUGUCAUUAGUUGCAUUCUCUGUUGAUAUGAAUUGUCUUAAUGGUUGAAUAAAUGAAUGAUGCCUAAAUGUUGAUUACACUUUUUUCAGAAUGUAAUGACACUCGAGAAUUGAACAUGAUUUACAAUGUUAUUCUAGAUUUUUUUGGAUUUGCUUCAUUGGUAUGGUCAUCAUAUGAUAUGAAUGUGUCUAAGUAUGGCAGCAUCAUUAUAUAUAUCUGUGUAUUUGACUAAAUGACCACCGUAUUGUUAGCCACAGUCUUCUGUUUCACUUGAAGCUUACUUUGUGUAUAAGUUACAGUGUAUAUUCAGUUUUUGAGGAACUAUAAAGGCAAGCAUAAGCUAACUGAUCGAUUUCUAAACAAUUGCAAAAUACUGUUUUAUUUUAUAAUUUUAAAAA